AUUUCUGAAGUGAGAUUAGGAAGAGAAGAUGAAUAAUUCCUUGGAUUACCUGGCCUACCCUGUAAUUGUCUCUAAUCACAGGCAAAGCACAACCUUCAGGAGGAAACUGGACUUUGGCCACUAUAUAUCUCACAAGAAUAGAAUACAAAUAGUGAAGCCUGCUGUUGACACCAAACCUCCAGCAGCGCACACACAUCACAUUUUAAAAUUGAGCAAACUACAGGGUGAACAAAAGAGAAUCGACAAAAUCGAAUAUGAAAACAAGCAACUGUGUCAGAAAAUCGCAAAUGCCCACCGCGGCCCCGCCAAGGUGGACUGUUGGAACGAGUACUUUUCCAAGAGCUUAAACCGAGAAACAAGGAACCGGGAGCUAGUGAGAAUCACCAUGGAAAACCAGGGCAUUUUGAAGAGGCUUGGCGAUCGUAAACCCCACUAUGACCGCAGGGCAUCCGAGAGAGACUGGCAGAAUUCAAGGCGCUAUAUCAGAAAUACAACAAGGUACCUUCUCUCCCGAGAUGAAUAGGUUCGUCACCACGGAAAAAAAUACAAGGCGGCCCUAGGAUUUCUUAGCUGCUUAGAAUCUCAAGACACUCCCAAGCGGCUGAAUGCUCAGUCUUAGGAUGCUACAAUAAAGCUUGGAACA